AUGCCUAACUACUCUUCCUCUUGGAGUUCAAGCUCCCUGCAUCUGCUGCUUUGUGAAGAAGACUCCCUCAGCACCAGGAUCUCUUUGUCUCUUCUGUAUGUACUAUUGGCUAUCUAUGGCACUUUAUCCAGCAUCACAGUCAUUUAUCUGGUCUUUACCUUCAGGAAGCUACGCACCACUAGCAAUGCUUUCAUUGUGAACGGCUGCAUUGCUGACCUGUGCGUGUGUGGACUUUGGAUGCCACAAGAAGCAGUGCAAGGGUUGCUACCCACAGGAUCCGCAACAGCUCACUCAGAAGGGUACCACUUGCUCCGGGUUGGUCUCAUUGGCCUUGGACUCAUCGUUUCACUGCUUUCUCACCUGUUGGUGGCCCUCAACCGAUACAUCCUCAUCACCAAGCCAUCAACCACAUACCACGCUAUUUACCAACAGAAGUACACUACCUGGAUGAUCAGCCUGUCGUGGGGGUGUGCCCUGCUCCUUGCCCUGGUUCCCUCCGGACUGCAAACAUGGCAACAUGACCAGCCGGAGUCUAGAAAUGCUCCGGGCAGCAACAGCUCUAAUUACACAGGCUUGAUGGUAGCCCUUGCUCUACUCAGCCAGACAGUAGUGCUGCUCCACUGCUACAUGGGGAUUGUAAGGAGGGUGCGGGGCAGUGUCAAACGGGUCAGUGUCCUCAACUUCCACCUGCUUCAGCAACUGCCCUUCCCAGCUGCCCCACAAGUGCCACGCCGAACACAGCGGCGCCUGAGCAGCAUCUCUGUUCUGCUCCUCUGCCUUAUGUUUCUCCUGGCCACCCAGCCCCUGGUGUGGGUCAGCCUGCUAGGCUUCUUCUUCCAGCUCAUUCCUCGGGGAGUGCAGCUAGCCAGCUGGCUACUCUUUUGUUCUCUAUCUGCCUUCAAUCCCCUGCUGUAUACUUGGAAGAAUGAGGAAUUCCGACGCUGCAUGCGUUUAGUUCUACCAGGAGGGGAAACUGCAACCAUGGCAGCAGAUACUCUGGCCCUCCCAACAGUCUCUCUUCCGCCUCAGGAGCCAUCGCAAGAGGCUACAAAGAUGGAGAGCAUGGGCAGUUUGGUACUUCCGUGA